UGGGAUUAAAACGGAAGAGGAUAGUAUUAAAGGAACCAUUGAAAGAAGACAUGCUUCACGAAAAGAUAUGGCUGAUAUCAACAACGACGACGAGAUCGAUGUUGAUUUUUCUCCGUUCAUCAGGGUCUACAAAGACAGCCGCGUGGAGCGUCUCUUCGCCUCCCCCCACGUCCCGCCGUCGACGGAGGACUCCGCCACCGGUGUCUCCUCUAAAGACAUCUCAAUUUCCCCCAAUAUCUCAGCGCGGGUCUACCUCCCGAAACUGACCUCCGCCGCCGCAGGGAAGCUCCCCAUCUUGGUUUACUACCACGGCGGAGGCUUCUGCCUCGAGUCCGCCUUCUCCUUCCUCGACCACCGCUACAUGAAUAUCCUGGUUUCAGAAUCCGGCGCCGUCGCCGUCUCCAUCGAGUACCGCCUCGCCCCAGAGCACCCUCUCCCGGCAGGCUACGAGGACGGGUGGGAGGCCCUCCUCUGGGUCGCCUCCCACGCCGGCGGCGAUGACAACGGAUUCAAAGAGUCAUGGUUAGUUGAGCACGGCGACGUCGGGAAAAUAGUCGUCGCCGGCGAUAGCGCCGGCGGGAACAUCGUCCACAACGUGGGCAUGAGAGCCGGGAAAGAGGGCAUGAAAGUCUCGGGAGGGGUGCUCUGUUUCCCAUACUUCUGGGGGUCAAAGGAGAAGGGCGGUGCCGGUGAGCAAAGCACGCCGGGGAAGUUCUGGAACUUCGUCCACCCGACGGCGGAGGGAGGGGUGGACAGCCCGAUGAUAAAUCCGAUGGGGGAGAGCGCUCCUAGCUUGCGUGGGCUGGGCUAUUCGAAGCUUCUGGUUUGUGUUGCGGAGAAAGAUGAGCUGAGAGAGAUUACUCUCCGGUAUGCGGAAGCGGUGAAGAAUAGUGGGUGGAAAGGUGACAUUGAGGUUGUUGAUGUUGACGGUGAAGAACAUUGUUUCCAGAUAUUCAAUCCAGAUUCUGAGAAAGCCAAGGUUGUCAUCAAUCGUAUUGCCUCUUUCAUUAAAGCCUGAAUCAUAUCUUGCCUCUUUCAUGCGCCAAGAUAAUCAUAUAAAUAUUACUUCCUAUUAGGUAAAUUAUAUUUUCUUAUUUAAAUGAUUUUAUAUAAUUUUGGUAAGUUUUACUCUGCAAUGUCAAGAAGACCGUCUAAAUGUAGACAUUUUAGUUGACAUUUUUAAUUUUUUUUAACAAAAAUUGAAUAAAAUCAUUCAAAUAAGGAGAGAAAUGAUUUAUUU